AUGUACGAUGUUCUCAUCGGACAUAAUCACGAGCUGGCUUCACCGAGUGAGGCACAAUUUUUGAGAUUAUAUCGAGUUGUGUUCGAUGGGUUGCUUGCCCAAGUUAGGUCGAUGAACUCCGUAGGAAUUAAAACUCCCAACAUAAUGUUUCAAGUUGCUUUGCAAAGUGGAGGUUACGAGAGAAUGCCAUGUCAACUUCGAGAUGUGUACAACAGGGUUGUUGGUGCCAAGCGAGAAGAGAAGAUAGAGACAGACUCAGAAAGGGCGCUGAGAUUUCUUGAUUGUCUCGUAGAGAAGGAUCCAAAUUUCUUCAUUGUCUAUAAGGUUGACGAGGAGAAUCGAUUGGCUAAAUUAUUCUGGGCAGAUGGAAACUCACGCAUGGGCUAUGUGGCUUUUAGGGAUGUACUAGGAUUUGACACAACCUACAUGACAAAUGAAUACAAUAAUCCCCUCACUGUUCUCAUUGGCGUCAACCACCAUUUCAACACAUGCAUCUUCGAGUUUGCUCUCCUCCUCCACGAGAAGCUUCCAUCCUAUUGUUGGCUACUUCAAAAAUUUCUCGAAUGCCAUGGAGAUAAGAAGCCAAAUGUUGUAGUUACUGACCAAGAUGUGGCCAUGAAACAGACCAUCAUGGAACACAUGCCAGAUGUUACACACCGUCUAUGCGCUUGGCAUCUCAAUACAAAUGCUUCCAAAAAGGUUAAAGAUCCGAUCUUCUUAAAAACAUUUAAGGAUCUGAUGUACAACUACUACGAAGAGGAAGAAUUUGAAUCAAGAUGA